UGGAACCAGUGUAACGCUACUCGACGUUUCCAGUCGGAGUCUUUACAAAACGGAUCGACUUCACGUUUUGAAAAGCGGCGGAGCAAAAACAGACGAGUUGUUUUGCUGUUUUAUCAUUUAGAUCAGUAAACGCUCGAGUAUAUCAUGGCUGUCCCAGGCCCAAACAAGGACAACAUCAGAGCAGGCUGCAAACGAUGUGGAUAUCCUGGUCAUUUGACUUUUGAAUGUCGUAAUUUUGUUCGUGUGGAUCCGAGGAAGGACAUUGUGUUAGAUGUGAGCAGCACCAGCAGUGAGGAGAGUGAAGAAGAGGAACAGGUAGCUGUCAGCAAAGAGAAGAUCUUCGACAGCAGCCAUUCAAAAGGCUCUCAUGAAGAUUCCAGAAAAGAAAAAUGUAAAAAGAAAAGUAAGGACAGAUCCCAUCGUAAGGCCAAAAAGAGGUCUUAUUCAUCAAGUGAUGAUGAGGAGGAAGUAAGCAAGAAGAAGAAAAAGCACAAGAGUCACAAGAAGAAAGGGAAGAAGGAAAAAAGGGAGAAAGAGAAGGAACACAAGAAAAACCAUAAAAAGAACGAGACCGAGUCCUCUUCAUCUGACAGCUCUACUGGAUCAUCAGACACAGAAUGAAGCUUUGACAGGAUCACAGCAAAGUGAAAAAACUAACUGGAAAAUAGCUAUAAAAUACCUUCUGCCAGAGCCAUUUGUACCUUUAUACUUUAGAAAUAAGUCUUUUCUUUUAUAGUCAUGUCUGAGAGUUGGAGUGAUGGUUAUUUUGUGAUGUUUCUAAUGAAACUGUAUUUUGUAUAUAAAUGAAAUGAAGACAACCCAAAAUCCUUUCAGGUGAAUACUUUUACAAAGUUUGUGUUUUUAUAAUAUUUUACUAGAACUUCUGAACAAAAAAAGACACAUUUACUCUACAAUAAAGAGUCAUGGGCAAUUAUUUUUACCUUUUAACUCUGUGAGUGGUGAUCUGACAGCUUUAUUUACAGUUUAGCAAUCAUUAUACAAAUACAUUAGACUGCAGAAUGGCACGAAAGCCAAUGAAUAAUAAAAUGCAAUCUCAUAUCUUACAGUAUGUAGUUAAGUCUUUCUGCUCAUAUCUAAAAGUGAUAUAUAUGUGUAUAUCCCAAACAGCAGGUGAGUAGUGAUGUUAAAGUCAUCUAGAUUGCUCACAUUCAUAUUUUCUUUUACGUUUAAAUGUUUUAUUGUCCUGACUCUGAGGGUGGAGUCCAGCCACUUAGACUUUAUCAGGGGGAGGAAAGAAAUGGCCCACGCACACGGAUGACAAAGCUCUUUUCUAUACAGACUCGUUCAUUUCUGGAAUGAGUUUGCUGAUUUUCUAGUGGAUUAGGGAAAAUUUGUUUCCACAUUGUGUGU